GCUUUAAAAUAGCGCAGUGGCGUCUGGGUAAUAUAUGGUCUGUGUUUUGAGCACAGAUGGUCGCUUCUCUCUCUGAUGGACUUAUGAGCUUUAAAUACUAUAUAUGUAGCGUACUGUUGAUUCAUAAGUGACUACGCGCUGUUAGCUUUCGCCUGUGUGAACAAGAAACGGCACAAAGUGGGGACUUAAUGAUUUAUUGUGUCUGGCAUAUGAGCAAUAAAAAAACAAGCUAGGUUGCUAAUGUAGCUUCCAACACGGACACUAUUAACAGCGACACCUCAACUAGACCUGCUAUUUAUUAUGAUAGUUUAAUAAAUCAGCUGGUAGGAUGACAUGCUUCUAAUGUUGUGAUGCAUAAUACGAGUAUAUAUGUUCCCUAUCUGACUUGGUAAGUCAGUGAGAGUACAGGCUAGCCUUUGUUUCCAUCGCAACGCUGUAUUGAUUGUUUGAAAGGACAGAAUCAGUGAAGCAGGACAACAUGGAUGAAAGUGCUGAAAAUGUGGACAACGACGACAUUGUCAUCAUCGUGGAGAACGAGGCGGAGAGUUUGCCAGCCGAGGAGGAGAGGCUGAAGCAGCAAGGCACCUUCGGGCUGAUGGACACUUGUCCCAUCUGUAAGCUGAGCUUCCACAACAGAGAGCCCAAGCUGCUGCCGUGUCUCCACUCCUUCUGCAAGAGGUGUCUCCCUGCACCCUUCAGGAGCGCAGACCCGAGGCGUGAGUCACAACAAGGUCAAGUCGACAACAAAUCAUUGUGUGCCAUUCGAUGUCCAGUAUGCAGACAGGAAUGCUGGGAGAUGGACAUGUUGGACAAUUUCUUUGUCAAGGACAUGGCCGAGGUGCCGAGCAGCACUGUGGAGAAAACCAGCCAGGUGUGUAUGAGCUGCGAUGACAACACAGAGGCGACAGGUUACUGCGUGGAGUGCGUGGAAUUUCUGUGUGUGACGUGUGUCGAGGCGCACCAAAGGGUGAAGUUCACCAGGGAUCACACCAUACGCCAGAAGGAGGAGAUGUCUCCAGAAGCAGUAGGUAUCUCCACACAGAAGCCUGUGUUUUGUGACAUCCACAAGCAGGAGCCACUGAAGCUGUUUUGUGAGACGUGUGACCGACUCACCUGUCGGGACUGUCAGCUGCUUAAGCACAAGGAUCACAACUAUCAGUUUUUGGAGGAUGCGUACAGGAACCACAGGCAGUAUCUGGAGAACAUGACGCAGCAGUUGCAAGAGAAAAGAAAGGCCAUCGAGGACGUGUCCGGCUGCAUCAGCUCCGGACUCCAGCAAGUUGAAGAAAACCGGAAGUCCGUCACUAAUGAAAUAAAGAAGUCCAUCUGUAACUUGAUUAUGGAGAUCAACAGGAAGGGAAAGAUUCUGGUUAACCAGCUUGAGGCUCUGACUAAGGACCACGAGCUGGGUUUGAAAAAGCAGCAAGACGACGUCAACUCUCUGAGCAGGCACCUCGACCACGUCAUCAGCUUUACCAAAUGGGCUACGGCAAGCCACAGUGGAACGGCCCUGCUGUACUGCAAGAGACUGAUCCUUUUUCAGAUCCACUACCUGAUGAGAGCGAGCUGUAAUCCCUCCAUCGUCCCUCAGAGUUCUGUUCGCUUUCAGUGUCGCUCUGGUUUCUGGGCCACAAAUGUAGACCUCGGUUCUCUGCUGGUAGAAAGGGGCCCGGGCCGGCCGCCCGUCACCAACCACCAGCCAGGCCCCAGAGCAGAUGCACCCACUGCAGCUCUCUCAGUCGCCGCUCAGCAGCGACAGAGCACGCUGGCUCAGCUCCAGAUGCAGACAUCUGUUGUUCCUCUGUCCAAGGUGGACAAGCUUUCCCAGCAGCCCCACAGGCAGCCCGCUCCUCCUCCUCCUCCUAACCACUGGUCCUGGUACCAAAAUGUCAGGCUCCCAGGACCCCCCGGACCUCCUGGACCCCUGGGCCCCCACGGCCCCCACGUCCCCCACAUCCCCCCAGGCCCUCCGCCCCCAACCAGACCCAUCCACGGUGGGUCCUCCCCCUCCCAAGGCCCCCCGAACAUGGGACAGCCUGUACGCAGAUACGGAAGUUCCCACCCCAACACUAGAAGCCCCACAUCGUCCAUGCUUCACAACACAGGGUUCCCACCCGCUCAGUCUCUGAGAGAACUGAUCCACAGCUCCAGCUUCCCUCCUAAACCCAUGGAUGUGUUGCAGAGUACGUCCCGCUACCAGCAGCCUCCGUCUGCCGGAGCAGCUCCACAGAUGUCUCUACAUCAGCGGGGCCUAACGGAGUCCUCCUACCUGAAGAGGAGCGAGGCCAGUGGAUCUGUUCCCUCCAUUACCAUCUCUAUUCCCAAACCCAGCUUCCCUUCCAGUCUGGCUUCAGCGACAGCAGACAAAAUGAGCACGUUCAAUCACACAGCAGUUCAAGCAAGGCAGAACUCCCCGAUGGCCAAACCGUCUUCUUCAGACAGAAGCACGGGGACGACUUCCUGGAGGCAGACUUCUGAGCCUCAAUCCGCCCCCUCAGCCAAGCGACGAAGAAGGGCGUCCCCAGGGCCCGUCAUCGUCAUCAAGGACGAACCAGAGGACGAGGAUGAAGUUCGAUUUGUGCAGUCCAGCGUCGGGUCCAGCCUGCCGGACAGCAGCACCGGAGCUCAUUCGAAGCCUCGGCAGCAGCUGAAAGUGACUGUCCAGGUCCCUGUUCCCGGAUCAGAGUCUGGGAAAGAGCAGCGUCCGCAGCCCGCAGCGCAGCCAGAGUCCGAAAAGAGAGCGGAGCCGGAGGAAGACCCUAACGAGGACUGGUGCGCCGUCUGUCAGAACGGAGGGGAGCUGCUCUGUUGCGACAAGUGUCCCAAAGUGUUUCAUCUGACCUGCCACAUCCCGGCUCUGAACGAGUCCCCCAGUGGGGAGUGGUUCUGUUCGCUCUGCCGAGACCUCGUCUCUCCUGAGAUGGAGUACGACUGUAACAGCAAGGACGACCCCGUCUCUGAAGGAUUCCCACCUGAUGAAAGACGGAAGUGUGAGCGGCUGCUACUACGUCUCUUCUGCAACGACUUCAGCACCGACUUCCAGCAGCCUCCUUUCCCAUCAGAGACAAGACGGUACAAAGAGCUGAUCAAGACCCCGAUGGAUUUGUCAAUAGUCAAGAAGAAACUGGAGUCAAAGUCGCAGGAUGGUGAAUGUUAUAACGGUCCGGAGGCGUUUGUCACAGACGUCCGGCUCAUAUUUUUCAACUGUGCAAAGUACUACAAGGCGACCUCAGAGGUGGGGAGUGCAGGUUUGUAUUUGGAGGACUACUUUGAGGAACAGCUGAAACUGGUCUACCCAGACCGGGUCUUCCCAGGAGGGAGGGAGGAGCAGAUGAUCCCUCCUUUGGAGGACGAGAUAGACGAAGACGAGGAGAUGGCGGAAGAAGGCAUGGCUCCCAUUGAAGACGACAAAGCGCAGAGUCCCGCAGGAAAAGGAAACCCCCCCGUGGAAGAGGACUUGCCUCCUGUGGAAGAGGACUUGCCUCCUGUGGAAGAGGACCUGCCUCCUCUGGAAGAGGCGGCAGCAGCAGCUCCGGCAGAGGAGGAAAAGUCAGAAACGGAGAAGGCGAUCGAGACGAGCGAAAAGGGGACGGAUGAAAAGGAAGCAGCCGCGGAGGGAGACGCGCCUCCUGCAGAGGAAGCGAAGCAGGACGAGGAGGCGAAGCAGGACGAGGAGGCGAAGCAGGACGAGGAGGCGAAGCAGGACGAGGAGACGAAGCAGGACGAGGAGACGACUGUGAAGGAGGUAGAAAGCACUCCUGCUGCUGAUAGUGAAACAAAAGAGGAAGUAGCUCCCAGCUCCCCAUAAGAGGAGAGCCCUCAGCUCCCGACAGACACGAUGACCAUGGAUCCACCUGAAAGCCAGAAGGAGGAGGAGUCGGCUCCUGCAGACACAGCCAAAGAGGAGCAGAAGGAGGAGGGAUAGAUGGAUUACAACCGAGAGGAACUGUAGAAAAGAUGGAUGAUUUCAGUCUUCCACACAAGUGGCCCCAGUGGGGACCGACAUUUGCUGCAAUCAGACAAUUUUUUUUUGUAAUAUGUUAUAUUUGAAAUAGGAAAAAGUGACUGCUAUACUAAAUAGACUUAUUUAAUAGCAGCCGUGCAGCAGAUGCACAACGAGCUUUUUGUGUGUUUUUGCUGGACAGAAGUUACAAUUUUUACUGUAACAUAGAAUGUUAUUUUCUGUAAUGACGACACUGAAAAGCACACACGAGAUAUUCUUUGUUGAUAGGAUCAUGGCGUAGAAAGGAUUUUGGAUUAGUAAUGCAUGCAAGACGUGUUAAAUAUUUUGUGUUUAUACACUUUGGCUAACUUGUGCUAGCCAUUUGGCUCCUAAACAAAUUAUGUUUUAUUGCAAUAGUUUUUUUAAUUUUAUUAGUAUUGUAUUAAAUGACCGCGGCUGUAUGUAAAAAAAAAAAAAAACAAACUGGCAGUUUUGGAAUUGUGCUGCUUGUUUGAGAAGAAAAAUGAAUUUGAAAUCCCAACGAUGUUUCAUCAGACGGCAGCCUUGUUGGUUUACAUCAGGAGAACAAUUCUUCAGACUUUGUUGACUGUACUGUUAUCACUCUUAGAUAAGUAGGAGACAUGAUUAUCACUUUCUCAUCAUCAGCCUCUGACAACAGUCAGUGUGUUCUCCACAUUGUGUCCUUGCCCUUCUGCAGCAUGAUUACUUUUACAUGAGAUUAAUGUUUUAGCUGGUUUCCUUCACUGAAUGAAAGUGUACGUUUAGAUACACUUAGUUUAGAAAAAGCAUCAGUUAACUCAACCUUCCUGUAUGGCCAUCAACUCACACUCUGACAUUUCAACUUCAAUAUAGAUCAUUUUGUCCAAUAUCACCACUUUUAUUAUUAUUUAUUGAGACUACACAGGACCUGUAAAUGAACUCUGCAAACAAUGUUAAUACCUGCAUUUACAAUAUUUGUAAUAAACAGGGUUAUACGUAGAUCUGA